GCCAAAUCCAGAAGUCGGGGCAGAAGAAGAGAAAAGGAAAGCUGUUAUCCUACCAAAGGCAUGAAUAUUUGGGACAAGACCGGCAGUCAGAAUCAUCUGGAAUAAAGCUGCCGUUGAUCCCUUGCUUGUGGUUGCCUUGACUAGGGACAGCUGCAGAAACAAAGACCAGUUGCGUUUGGUUCCAAGUGGAGUCUCAACUGAGCUCUGUGGGUUUUUGGGGGACAACAUUGCCAGCGCAAGCCACCUCUCUCUGCGAAACCAACCACGACCGUUUAGAGCUUCCCCAUGAACAGGGCACCUUCAAAGUGUCUUGAAAGUUUGUGAGGUAUCUUCUGGAAUACACACCUCUGAAAUUAGAUCCAUGAGAGGUCCUCCUUUCUGAAGUGAUCCAGACUUGCUGUGCUCCUAAUUCAGCAUCAGAACCAUAAUGAAAGUUGGAGUGUCCCUUGCAGUUCUAUUGUCCUGGCUUGCCAUAGCCAACAGCUUAAGGUGCCAGAAGUGCCUGAGUAGGCAAGGGAGCUGCACAGAGACCAUGAUGGAGGUCUGCAAGCCACAGCAGGAUGCGUGCUUCAUUGAGAUUAAAUGGUACCUUGGUUUGAGAGCAGACACAGUGAAACAGGGCUGUGGCACCACAAAUCUCUGCCGUCGUUAUCCUGGGGGAUAUAGAGGAUCCUUAUACCGGACGAUGUAUUGUUGCGCCAUUGAUCUCUGCCGUCCGGUGGAACAUCACGUUGACAGAAAUGGGACAAAGAAUGGCCUGCAAUGCCACACCUGCAUCGGAAGCAUAGAUGAAUGUGGCCAGAACACCCCAUCUGAAUCAUGCUAUGGGAGUGAGGAGAGAUGUGUGCAGAUUUCCCAGCGCUUCUUGCCAGGUACCACAGAAGAAUUGGAACCUGUCAUCAAGGGAUGUGGGAAUGAUUCCUUUAAAGACACGCUGGUGGCAUACCAGAUUGGAAAUGAUUUUGCCUAUGUUGACCAAAAGGUCUGCACUGGAUCCAACUGUAACAACAGGAGUUUCCCAGAAAUACCUGCUGGGAAACCCAAUGGAUUGCAGUGCUAUACCUGCCGGGAUUCAGGACACGGAGAAUGUGCCCAGGACAAAUUGCAGAUUUUGCCCUGUACAGGGAUAUUGGAUCAUUGUGUGCAUGUCAUAGACCGAGAUAACCGAAGUGUGACCCUCCAGAAGGGCUGUGCCACAGAAUCCAUGUGCAGCGCCUCCCAAGAUAUUUAUUACAAGCUGAUGAGGCAGGAUUCCUUUGUAGAAUGUUGCAAAUCUUCCCUCUGCAACCAAGUGGGGGCGUCUUCUGGUUCUCGUCUAGAGAACAGACUGGUGGUGAUGGUGAUGGUGAUGGCUCUUGUUUUAUUGUUGGCACCGAGGGCUUGAUCAUAAAAAAAUGUGUGGGGCUUAAGGUCACCCAGUUGUUGUUGGACUACAACUCCCAUCAUCCCCUGCCACAAUGGGCUUGACAAUCAACAAACUAGAUCAGGGUGGCCAACCUGAGCUAGAUUAUGCAAAAUGGAAUUGAACAUGUUCGCACAGGUUACACAACAUUUAUACAGCCGAAGACCAGUGUGGCUGGGGAUGGUCCCCCAUCAUUUGGGGACCAAAGUUUGAGCAUCUGGUCACCCAAAUUUGAGAACCCCUGGCUUAAGUCUGAUCUUUCUGCAGGGCUCCUUCUCUCCAGCAAGGGGCAGCAAAGCAUGAGGCUGAAGAAACGAGAGCUUUCCCCCCUGCAACUUCACCAGUGUUUCAGUGACUCUUGUGACAUCUUAAAGAUCAGCACAUUUAUUGCAGCAUGGACAUUUGUGGAUCACACUGUGCAAUUUAUCAAAGGCAUGAAUUGUUUUAUUUUAUUUUAUUUUUUUAAAAAACCUUUAAUAUUCUGUUCUUCCUUCAAGAAACCCAGAA